AGCAAGAAAAUUAAGUAAAUUUUUAUAAAUAUGGGCGGCACACGUUGCAUAUUUCGAGAUUGUAAUGUCUCCUCGCAGCGAAAUCCAAAAAUGCACUUCUUUAAGCUGCCCGUCCGUGAUCCUAAGCGACUACAGGCUUGGGUUAAAAAUGCUGGAUGCGAAACAAUUACGAAUUUGGAUCAUAAGAAACUUUCAAAUCGCUCCGUUUGUGCUCGACACUUUCGCUAUGAAUGCUUUAUGAACUACAAGCUGGACAGGCUGGUGGCAAAUCAAACUCCCACGCUGUGGCGCAUAGACAAGGAUUUAGCGUGGGACAUGGAACAGAUAGAUGAGAAUGGCGAAGCCCUUAUGGUUAGAAUAGAAGCGCCAACACAAAAGCAUCUAAUUCCGCCAGAUGAUUUUGAGUGUCCACUGGGUUUCGACGAAGCCAUAGGCAAGAAAUCAAUGCAGCUGCCAAUUUCUAUGGAAGUCACUAAGAAAAAACAGAGCGAACCUGCUCCAAUUGAGGCAGUGCAGCAGGACAUUAAUAUGUCCAUUACCGACAUUAAUAUGUCUGAAUCUGAAAACAGUAAAACAAAAGAAUUAGUAUACGACUUGGGGCCAGAGUUGAGAAUAGAACUAAUUAACGAUGAGAUAAAUAACACAAACAUGAACAUAGAAGAAAACAAUUUUGAGGAUAUGCAGUAUGUUUCUCUAGAUGAAUAUCGCACCCUGCAGCAAGAAUGUAAUAGUGCUAAAGCUGAGAAUAUGAGCCUCAAACAGCAGUUGGAAGCACUAAGAGUGGAAACCCAAAACAAAGUUGCAAAUCCGCCACAAGUAGGCAAGGAUCAGCUUUACAAAGGCAUUAAGAAGUAUCUCGGACCCACAAUGGCAGCACUAGUGCGCAUGGAAAUGUUUGCUAGCGCUGACCGUACCUGGCUUGAGGAUGAGCGUGACUUUUCCAAAGAGCUGCUGCAGCUAGGCGAGCAUGUCUAUACGCACUGCUGUGAGGAGUGGCGUCUCCGUUUGCCAUCGCUGCACCUGACACGAAGCUGGCUGCAGGACGUUAAUACUAUAGAAGUUGACUCACAAAAUCUGUAG